CGGAAUCGCCAUCAGGUGCUUGGCACAGCAGGGUGAAUAGCCACUGAGAUAGAUCCGACGAUGUUGUAAUGAAUUCGUCUGACCUUUGGUCCUGAUUUCAGGCGCGGCGGCUGUACUUGUGGGAUGCAUCUCUGAGUCGGUUCACGUGUUACGAUGGGCUCGUCGCCUCGCGUCAUGACACUGGAGGAGGCGGGAGAUCAACUCAUUCGAGCGAAGAGAGCCGCCAAGGGCAGCAUCACCAUCACCCUCCCAGCCUCUGGCGGCACCAACUGCCUGCUGUUCCUUCUAUUGGUGGUGCUUGGCGGUGCCGCAUGGGCUCACGUUGUCAUUGGCGACAUCAACCGUGUGCAACUGGUGGCUCAGGAGGCAACAAUCAAGGCCCUGCAGCAGCACCUGCAGGACAACGACGCACUAAUAGGCCAACACGAGGUGGCGAUGGGUGAGAAGGAGGCGGCAAACGUGCUUCUCCAGGGUCAGCUGGCAACGGCCAGCGCGGAUCUGAAGAAUAAGACUGCCACAAUCACGGCCUUCCACGAGCAGGUCGCGCGCCUCACGGAGGACCUUCACAACACCACAGAGGCCCUGCAGCAGAGAGACGAGGCCAUCGUGGCUCUCGAGGACCGAUUCCAGGCCACUGAGAGAGCCCUCGCCCGAGCGAAUGGACUUCUGGACAAGUGGCCCCCUCUCGAUCAGAGCUUUGUGACUCUAGGCGUGUGGCUCCUGCUCAUCCUCAGCGCACUGGGAUUCAUUGCCAGCUGCCUCUUCAUCGUUGCGCUGGUGGUCGAUGGGGGCGGGGCAAUCAACCUCGAAUACAUGAUCAUGGGUGGUGCCGCUGCGCUCGCCUUCUUCAUUUGGGCAGUGCGCGCGACCUUCUCUUUCCUGGAUGAGAACACUCGCUGUCCUGGAUGAGAACACUCGCUGAGCUGUGUGUAUAUCCAUCCCCACCAUCGUUGGGCACUGAGGCGUCCAUUUCCGCCCUUUUUCUACUUCGCCUACUGAGGCUGGACUGGGCUGUGGGCUGGGUAGCGUGUUGACGGCCAGGUGAGUGAUGGCGUUUGUCUCUGACUUGACGGCCAAAUUGGCUGUGUGGGCAUCGGCUGGUCUGACUCGCCUAGUGUUUGACUGUUCUCACUCGCUUGGGGGCCGAGGGCGAAGGGGACAUAUACUGGUGUGCUGUCGGGAACGGCUGUGGGUUUGGGGCUCAGACAGACGUGAUCCAUCCAUUCAUCUGACACUCUGACAAUCGGCUCUAUUCAUUCAAUUGCGUGU